CAUAUAUAAACAGAGAGAGAGAGAAGAGAGAGACUCACUCACUGAAAAUCAAGCUGAGACUCUUUCUCUCUCUAUCAGAGGCUGUGAACCCCAUCAUCAUGAAUAGAGGAAACUUUGGUCUCAAUCUCAAACUCUCUGUUCCUGCACCUAAUGAGGCCACUUAUGCCAAAUUCCUGACUCAAAGUGGCACUUUUAAGGAUGGGGAUCUGCUUGUGAACAGGGAUGGAGUUCGAAUUGUCUCUCAGAGUGAAGUGGAAGCUCCACCCCCAAUCAAGGCAGUGGACAACCAGUUAAGUUUGGCAGACAUAGACGUAAUCAAAGUUGUUGGAAAGGGAAGUGGAGGGGUAGUGCAAUUGGUGCAACACAAAUGGACUAGUCAGUUUUUUGCAUUAAAGAUAAUUCAAAUGAACAUUGAGGAGUCUAUUCGCAAGCAGAUAGCACAAGAACUGAAAAUUAAUCAAUCAGCACAAUGUCCUUAUCUUGUUGUCUGCUACCAGUCAUUUUAUGAUAAUGGUGUCAUAUCAAUCAUCUUAGAGUACAUGGAUGGAGGCUCCUUGGCUGAUCUUCUGAAGAAAGUUAAAACAAUUCCAGAGCCUUAUCUAGCUGCCAUCUGUAAGCAGGUGCUGAAGGGUUUAAUGUAUCUUCACCAUGAAAGACAUAUCAUCCACAGAGACUUAAAACCUUCUAAUUUGUUGAUUAAUCAUAUAGGCGAAGUAAAGAUUACCGACUUUGGUGUGAGUACAAUUAUGGAAAGUACAUCUGGUCAAGCAAAUACUUUCAUUGGCACAUACAACUAUAUGUCUCCAGAGAGAAUCAAUGGAAGCCAUGAGCAUGGCUACAACUACAAGAGUGAUAUAUGGAGUUUGGGACUAAUAUUGCUCGAGUGUGCUAUGGGGCGGUUUCCAUACGCACCACCAGAUCAAAGUGAAACCUGGGAAAGUAUUUUUGAACUUAUUGAAACUGUCGUCGACAAACCUCCUCCUAGUGCUCCAUCCGAACAGUUUUCUACAGAAUUUUGCUCAUUUAUCUCUGCAUGUCUACAGAAAGACCCAAAGGAUAGAUUGUCGGCUCAGGAACUUAUGAGACUUCCUUUCACCAGCAUGUAUGAUGACUUGGAUGUGGAUCUUUCAGCUUACUUCUCCAAUGCAGGAUCUCCACUUGCAACCUUAUAAAGAGCAUCGCUUGCAUAUGGGCAUCGUUUGCAGAUGAGUCAGAUAAACCGGCUCGUAGAGUUACCUUGAAGAUUCUGUAUUUUGUUGAGUGAUUGAGUGCAAUAAUUUUGUGAGAAACUCAUGUAAAUGCAAGGUCAAAAAAUUACACUGAGUGGCACUUCAUUAAGAAUUUAAUGCUGAAGAUUGAGUAUUAGGGGACAUUUGUAACAAAAUGUUGAAAUUUUAUGAAUGCAGCAAAACGUAUCACUAGGAUUUGCCUAAGAUGCUGAUAAUAUCAUCUACUGUACAAACUCAGAAGAGAUAAAGGUUUAUUAAUGAACGUGAAAGUUUAUGCCUAUUGUUA